AUGAAUUUCUUAGAUAAAAGAAAUAAAAUAGAAAUUCUUUAAGAGAGAGCUGCUCUUUAUAAUAAAGUCUAAGAUGAACUAUACGAAAAGGAAGUCCCAGAAUUUGAACAUACAAAAUUGAUCAAACCAGUUUUAGAUUAGCAUAUUGAAGAGUUCGCUACAUAAUAACCUCCUGCUAACCUUAAUAGUGUAACUAAAUCAUUGCCUAAACCUCCAGUUUCAGUUUUGACUACUUCUGCAUUGAUUUCAUUAGGACUUGAUAAUUAUGGAACUAUGACUACAUAAAUGCAGGAUGUAAAUCGUAAAAGAGAGGAAAAUUUUAAUCAUUAUAAGUAACUAAAAAAGGAAGGACGAUUAGAAGAACUUGUGAAACCAUUAAAACAAUAGAAAGAAAAAGAUUAAGCUACUUAAGCAAUUUUAUUUAAGGUUGAUCAUCUUAAAGAUUAUGAAGAUAAAACUCAUACAGGAUAUGCUUAACAUAAAUCAGCACACAGAACAUAUUAUGGUAUUAGAUUAUAAAUUAUAAUAAUAUAGUUGUUGAUGAGACAAUGAAGGAAAUGAUUAAUGAGCCAAACAUCAAAAAUCAUUUAAUGAAAAAUGAUUUAAAUACAUUUUUCGAUUCUUAUCUUAAACAUAAAAAUACUUUAAGAGGUGCAGUCAAAUAACCAGCUCGUGCAAAAUGA